AUGGAGGAGGAGAGACAUGUCCAAAACCUAAGGGCCACCUUGAGCCAACAGUCCGCAGCUCUACAAAAGCUCCAACUUAAGAUUGCUCAGUUGAAGAAAAGAAAUCAGGCACAAGGCCAACGUCCACUUGAAGGAGAAAGGAGAUUUGGAGAUGUACCAGGGGCUGUAUAUGUCGAGCCCAAGCCACCAGAUCCUUCAAGGAUCAAUCAAAAUCCAACUUCUAAAACCCACAACAAUCAUGUUGUUAAUUCUCGGUUUGAUUAUAACUCUUUUGCUGAUAAAAUUGAACUCUUUAAAUUUUCAGGAAAAAGAGGUUAUCUUAGAUGGGAGAGGAACCUUGAUGAAUGGUUUCACUUCAACAACAUCCUGAGGAAAGAAAGGCUAGCUUAUGCUAUUGAUCAACUUAGAGAAGAAGCCUUUAAAUGGUGGGUACAGGAAGAAGAUGAUAGGCGGUUUUACAAUGAGCCAACUAUCAAAACGUGGAGAGAUCUUAAGGAAGUCAUGAGGGAUAUAUUUGCACCAGAUUUUACAAGUUCUGAAAUCCAAGAACUAUAUCCAAGGAGGUAUCCAAUUCAUGGUUCCAAAGAAGCAAGAAGAUUAGUGGCACAAGAGGGUCAAAGAGUCUUGUCUCAACAAGAUAACUUUCAGCCAAACCAAGGACAUGCCAUUGUCCAUUGCUUAGACCAGAAGAGUGACAUCCCAAAGGUCAGGAAGAUAAGUACAAGUGUCGGCCAAAACAUUUUGAUCAGGUCCAAAGACAAACCAGAGCAAGCUAUUGUCCAAGUAAAGGCUAAGAGUGUUAUUACAGGUCUAAAGGAGACUAGGUACAUAGAAGAAGAGACGCCAGGCACAAGCCUUCCCACGGACCAGAAGGAAGCACAAAGCACAAAACAAUCAAAGUUGCUUAAUAAACCAAAACCAGUGAUCAUAGUAUCAAACCAAGGAAUACCAGAUGAGAGCCACAUUCUUACCGAACCAGAACAUGAGCUCAAUCAAAAUCCACACCACAAGUGGAAACCGAAAACUGAACAAAAGAUUGUUCAAGUGCCAAAACCUGAG